AUGAACUCUGAGCAGCCUGGGAUUCCUGUCAUCGAAACUGUGGCAAUAGUUGGGAAUCCAGCCCAGACUGAUACUGAAAAAUCAGCCAGGAAACCAGGACGUGGAAGGAAGAAAGGUAAGGAAUAUAGGAAAAAAAGGAAGACCAAGAAGAAAGAGGCCGAAAAAAGGAAGUCAAUGGAGGAGUUAGAAGUCUCUAUGGAGGUGAAUGAUAGGGAUAUAGCCGCUAGUGCUCUCAUCGACCUUAGCCGCCCGCAGCCUCAGGGGAACAACCAUGUGCCUUUCAUAGUCCGUAAUAUCAACUCAUUUUCCACGGUUCAAUGGCAUGCGAUGAUGCAGAGAGGUUUCGCCAUCCAUGGAACUGGUAAUGCUGAGUAUAUGCCUGAACCGGGCGGUUUUGAAUCCAACAAUCUAAAUCAGCUUCCGGGGUCUUUUGGCACAGGCGGGUCCGGCCUCGCAAACAUGCCUACGGCAAUGGGUGAAAAUGAAAUGGCAUCUCCAGCUGGAUCAAUGCCCCACACCGACGAUUUUGAAACUUAUGGAUUUGAAAGUCAUGGGAUAUAUUUUGGGGGCACCAACUCCGGUUCUGCUCCUUCCGCCACUUCUAGGCCAUCCGCAGGCUAUCACGAACAGCCACAACAGAGAGCGCCGUUUUCACCACAUUAUGAACCUCCCCAGCGCCAGCCUCACCUGAGUUGGCAAGGUACAAACAUGCCACUGGAUGCACCGGCUCCAAGAUUGGAUGAUGAAUACAGACAUUCACAGAACCCCGCGGCCUAUUAUCCGUACCCUAACUAUGGAUAUUAUCCGCUUAUUCCAGCGUAUAUACCUAUGGUGGCGGCAUAUCAACCCAUUGCGCAUUCCAACGGGCCCGUUGUCGACGAGAACCGCAAUCGUUACGAGAACAGCAACUUCGCGCCCAAUAGACAGAGAGGAAGCGAGCAAGAACACCAGUGGCCGGUUUCUCGAGCAAUUGUUCAUCCUGGACCUAACCAUAUCGCCCAGGUUUCCCGCGAAGAAUUAGAGCCAGUCUCAAGCUACAUUAUCGAAACAUUCAAAUCUGGCAAAUAUGCGGAUUUUUGCCUGGUACUGAAUUUCUCCGCCGGAGAUGGGUUGCCCGUGUCUUUUCCUCUUCACUCAAUGAUUGCCGCAAGGAGCCCACACCUGAAGGAGCUUAUGAAAGUCGCGACUGUUGGUGUGAAUCAGAGAGAGAUACAUGUCUUUGCUGCCGGUUGCUUCAUGCACCCCUUUGCGCUUGCCAAAGCACUGCAGCAUUUGUACGGAACCAUGUUGUUGGGGCCGGAUCGCCUCGAUAACAAUCUCAUGGUUUCUGUUGGAUACCAUCGCCGUGAUCUCAACUCCGCCGGCGUCGAAAAAAUGAAUAUUGCUCUAUGCUACAUUGCAUCGGCUGCUUUUUUGGCAGAGAGCAAAAUACUUCGCCGUGGUAUGCGUCUCGCCAAAAAUGAAAUCUGUUGGGAUAAUUUGGAAGUCAUUCUGCAUUUCGGAACUGCCGUAUCCCAUUUUAUGAUUACACCAGGCACUGGCGUCGAGGCUGAACAGCGAUCGGUGUAUAUCGGCACCGCUCUCUCCCGUGGGACUACCCCUCUACCAAAUAUCAACGAAGAGAGCGCAAUGACGGAUGCCAACAUGACAGACGACGCCUAUAAGCCAUCUUAUAGCCUAAACCAGGAACUCAAGGAUGUUUGUGCCCGCCAGCUUGUUGAUGAGGCGUUUGCUUUCAUUGUUGGAAACUUCCCCAAUGAGUUUCAACUUGACUUUCACGCACAUUCCAGCGAGUUGCCGGAGAGAUUUGCAGGUGCUUCACUUUCCAAGUUCGGUGUCAGGGAAGUUUCUGCAGUGAUGUUUGGGAGUUUUGCUGAGGCCAACGACUACUUGUUUAGCACUGAGGAGAAGAUCCUGUCAGCGAUAUUUUUGACCCUUCCCUUCAAGGUUUUGAAGAAGUUGUUCAAUGCCAUGAGGGUCAAAGGUGUUCUGACAAUGAAUGUUGCUGAGGACAUCGUUUUUGAGCGUGAGAGACGACGAAUUCGCAUUGUGAGGGCUAUCAUAAGCAAGAACGACCAGCCUGAACUGGUGGUGUUGGAAACCGAUCCAAUCGGUUGGCGCGAAGAGGUUAUCACCGUCACCGGCAGCCCAGAUACUGCUCUGACGAUCGUCAAAACUUGGGUAGGGAUUGAAGUGCCAGAAGUAAUGGAGAUCAUGCCGAGGAACGAGACCCUUCGGAGAGCUUCCUGCCCUCCAUUUUCCCAACCUUAA